CCUGCCUCUGGAUGCUCUCCAACAUUAUAAAUGCAUUGUCCGGCACUUCCACGCCAGUCUUGGGAAGGCUCCAAGUCCCCACGAAGUCAUACGUCUAUCUGCUCGUCACUGUGAAACUUUAGCUUCCACUAUGAGGGAAAUCGUGCACAUCCAAGCCGGCCAGUGCGGUAACCAGAUUGGUGCCAAGUUCUGGGAAGUGAUCAGCGAUGAACACGGCAUCGAUCCCACCGGGACUUACAACGGAGACAGUGACCUGCAGCUGGACAGGAUCAGUGUCUACUACAAUGAGGCCACUGAUAGAAAAUAUGUACCUCGUGCCAUUCUUGUGGACUUGGAGCCUGGCACCAUGGACUCUGUGAGGUCUGGACCCUUUGGGCAGAUCUUCAAGCCAGACAAUUUUGUGUUUGGUCAGAGUGGUGCAGGAAACAACUGGGCCAAGGGUCACUACACAGAGGGAGCUGAGUUGGUGGACUCAGUCCUGGAUGUGGUCCGCAAAGAGGCAGAGAGCUGUGACUGCCUGCAGGGCUUCCAGCUCACACACUCUCUUGGUGGUGGAACUGGAUCCGGUAUGGGAACCCUGCUCAUCAGCAAGAUCCGCGAGGAGUACCCCGACCGUAUCAUGAACACCAGUGUGGUGCCUUCCCCCAAGGUGUCAGACACAGUGGUUGAGCCUUACAAUGCCACCCUCUCAGUCCCACUCGUUGAGAACACCGAUGAAACUUACUGUAUUGACAAUGAAGCUCUGUAUGACAUCUGCUUCCGCACUCUGAAACUUACCACCCCCACCUACGGUGACCUUAACCACUUGGUGUCCGCCACCAUGAGCGGGGUCACCACCUGCCUUCGUUUCCCCGGCCAGCUCAAUGCUGAUCUGCGCAAACUUGCCGUCAACAUGGUGCCUUUCCCCCGUCUGCACUUCUUCAUGCCCGGCUUCGCCCCCCUGACCAGCAGAGGCAGCCAGCAGUACAGCGCCCUCACCGUCCCCGAGCUCACCCAGCAGGUGUUCGAUGCCAAGAACAUGAUGACUGCGUGCGACCCACGUCACGGCCGCUAUCUGACCGUCGCCGCCGUGUUCCGCGGCCGCAUGUCCAUGAAGGAGGUCGACGAGCAGAUGCUCAACGUCCAGAACAAGAACAGCAGCUACUUCGUGGAAUGGAUCCCCAACAAUGUGAAGACCGCCGUCUGUGACAUUCCACCACGAGGCCUCAAGAUGGCCGUCACCUUCAUUGGCAACAGCACAGCCAUUCAGGAGCUGUUCAAGCGCAUCUCAGAGCAGUUCACAGCCAUGUUCCGUCGUAAGGCCUUCUUGCAUUGGUACACCGGAGAAGGUAUGGAUGAGAUGGAGUUCACCGAGGCCGAGAGCAACAUGAAUGAUCUGGUGUCCGAGUAUCAGCAGUACCAGGAUGCCACCACCGAAGAGGAGGGAGAAUUUGAGGAGGAAGCUGAUGAUGAUGCUUGAAGAUAAAAAUGUGAAGGUCAAGACAUCAAUGCCAAAAUCUAACAUUAUCACAAAAAAACAACCAUUAAAGUAACGAAGGAACAAACAUAUUCUGAAGUAGUGCUAGAAUUCAUCUUUAGCAUACAUUAGAAAACCUUAAAAUAAAGUCAAAUGAAAACG